CUGGUAAUUAAAUUUAGGGAAAGUGAUAUGAUGCCAUGUUUAUGUUGUUUAUGUUUAGGAAAUUCAACUACAAAAAUAUCCUGUCACAAAGUUUUACCACAAACCACCUGGGCCCAAGACAUCACAACUGGACACAUGUCGGGAAAUAAGUGGUAUCCUCGCGUGUGCACGGUAACUCAACCAGAUUACGCAAGUUGCUUUAAGAAUAAACAGAUAAUGAUUUUCGGCGAUUCCAACGGGGGACAACAUUAUUAUAGAAUCCUGGAAAGCGUCACAUGUAAGGAGAUCCUGAAAGCUCAAGCAAAACACUGGCACAAACCUCUGUUGUGUGUUGAUGAAGAGAACAACUUCACGUUAAGCUGGAACCCCCAUACCAACCCUUUCAUCAGUGGGCGUCUCCUGGCAUCCUUGGACAGCCUAAUUCCGACGUCUAAGGCUCUGGACAAAAUCCCUUCGCAUGGACAGUAUCUCAUUAUUCUUACGCAUUAUUACCAUCUAACUACUACACACAUCAGCGCUUUUGAUUUUAUGCUUCGUAACAUCAAAGAUGCAUUAGUUCGUCUAUUCCAACGCAACCCAAAUGUACAAGUCGUUUUACAGGGUCCACAUAUAGCCUGGUACGGCUGGCUUGAACAUUACGCGGCUGGAGAUAUGUUGGGAACACAAUUCAUGGACUUGCAACAAGAAAUAUUUCAAGACAUUAAAGAUAAAGUGGUGUUUGUCUCCCCUUGGGAUAUGACUAUAGCUACGGAAAACUAUGAUUACCACCCUACUGUCAACAAGCAAAUCUUUGAAACUAUUGUGGGAUUCAUGUGUGGAAGAUAA